AUCCCGCGCUCAGCUCCCGCCCACCGAGCGGAUCAAGUUUGAAUGAACAACAGCAGCUUGCUGUGGAGGUGCGAGUUGCAUUUGCAGUAAUUAUUAAAAGUGUGAAUCGCUUUGGGGGCGCGCGGAACCAGGAUGGACAUGAAGAAAAGAAUUCAUCUAGAGUUGCGGAACCGCACUCCGUCAGACGUCAAAGAACUUGUGCUUGACAACUGUCGCUCAAACGAAGGCAAGAUCGUGGGUCUGACAGAUGAAUUUGAAGAGCUGGAAUUUCUAAGCACAAUCAAUGUUGGCUUGACGACAGUUGCCCACUUGCCAAAGCUAAAUAAACUCAAAAAGCUUGAACUCAGCGAUAACAGGAUCUCAGGGGGGUUAGAAGUUCUGGCAGUAAAGUGCCCCAACCUCACACAUCUCAACCUCAGUGGCAACAAGAUUAAAGACCUCAGCACAAUAGAGCCAUUGAAAGAACUGGGGACUCUGAAAAGCCUCGAUCUGUUUAACUGUGAGGUGACAAACCUCAACGAAUACAGAGACAACGUCUUCAAGCUACUACCCCAGCUCACGUACCUGGAUGGGUACGACAAAGACGACAAAGAGGCACCGGACUCGGACACGGAGGUCUACGCAGAGGGGUUGGACGACGAUGAGGAGGAUGAAGACGAUGUAGACGAGGAGGAAUAUGAUGAAGACACAGCUCCAGGAGACGAGGAGGAGGAGGAGGAGGGAGAGGAGGAUGAAGAGGAGAAUGAAGAGGAGGAGGAGGAUGACCUCAGUGGAGAGGAGGAGGAAGAAGAAGACGUGAAUGACAAAGACGCCGAUGACGACGAUGAGGAGGAAGAAGAACGAGGUCAGAAAAGAAAACGAGACCUGGAUGAAGAAGGGGAGGAGGAUGAAGACGAUUGAAAGUCUUCCUGAAGCCACGUUUUGAACUGUUUUAAACUUGUAUCUCCAAGUCACCCACCCCCACCCACCCCAGUUGAAUAUUGCAGUAGGAGUGGUUUUCUUGUUAUUGGCCAGUCAGGUAGACGGGGCUGUCAGUAGAAAUAUGUUUAAGUUAUGUACCUUUGCUCCCGUGGUCAGUCCCGCUGUCCACAUCUGACCGCUCUGUCGACGCGGAGUUUUGUAAUAUCCAAUAAUAGCAAAGAUGAACCUUUUUAAGAAUUGUUUCUGUUUUCUCACUGUUUGUGUAAGACAAGUUUCUGAUGACUUGUGUAUUUUAAGAUCCUCCCCCUUUAAAAGAAAAGAUAAAAUUACAAAAAAAAAGAGUGCAUGUCUAAUACACAACUACUGGAUUUCAUGUACGAUUGUCCUUUUCCUCAUCUUCAACUUAUUAUUAUUAUAAUUAUUAUUAUUAUUUUUAUUUUUUUUAAAUGUAAGUUAUGUGUUUGUAGUGUCACCAGUAUGCCAAUACUCUCUCUGCUGUCCUGGUGUGAAACUUCAGUCUGAACAUGCACACGUGUAAACCUCACAGGGCAUAUUUUUAAAUAUCAUAAUAUUAUAACAAAAAAAAAUGUCUGCCCUUGUCAAAGCUAUUCCUCCGCCUCCUCCUCCUCCUCCUCCUUAAACCCUCAGCUUUGAUAGUUCGGAAAUUACGUGUUCUUGUAAAUAAUGACCAAAUCUAUUUUUUUGUAUUCUCUUUGAUGAUGGCAGACAUUGAACAGACACAUGAGGUGAAGCCACAAAUUGUAAUAAGAUAUUAAAUAUCUAUGCUGUUUUAUCUUUAACAACAAAAAAAAAAGAAUAGCAGUGGGAAAUUUCUUGAAUUUGAAGACAACUUUGUACGCAUUCUCCUUCCAUAGCAACAAAUGUCCGACAUCGGAGCUCAUCAUUACUUUCUCCACGUUAUUUUCUGUGACACGCAGGUGGCAAUGUUUGGAUUUGUGGUGGUAGUGUAGAGAAAUACUUGAUAUGUAAAUGGAGGUUACAGCUGCAGUGUGAAUUAAAAAUGUAUUGUUUUAAAGUGUAAACUCUGGAAAACAGUCAGUUAUUGGGACUUUGUUUUCACCAGUAUACAAUGGUCAAAUUGGCCUACCUCAGUGAUUUCUUUCUUUCUUUCACUAUGUUAAUUCCACUGUCAUGACCCCAAGUUAUGUUCCCCCCUCAUUCACUUCAAUAAAUCCCUUUUAUAUUUA